GCAAACGAGACGUCUUCUGCGACGUCCAAAAGCGCUUCUCUGUGUCCUCAUCUGUCGCGACAACGCUCGAUCACUGUUGGCGAAAAUUGUGCCGUGACGGACCUGGCUGCUGAGCUAGACCCGUCCCCAGAAAGCAGCGAUGAAGACUCACAACUGGAGCCUAUGGACUCGGAUGAAGACGAAUUUUCACGAAAAAUAUGCGGCACAGGGGUUGAAGGCCACGACAAUCCCAAUCCAUACGUCAGCUGUUUAUGGCCGGAAAAGGCACCGGUCAUAACAGACGAUGAAGAUGUGCUCCUGAAUCUCGAUGUUGGUCUCAACCGAACGCGACGGGCUUCGUCGAUGCAACAAGCGCUUGUUGAGGCUGUCGUUGAGGCUUCGCGAGAGUAGCAAGAGACUAGUCGCGCGCGAAAUUUCCAUUCCUGCAAGAGCUCCAGCUGCAUAUACGACGCUGGCCCGUUGGCUUGCGGUCAUCAAAGCAGCUUUGGAAGCACUUUCGUGUAGCCAGGUCACCACACAGCGCGACAUCUUUUACACCGAUGUCACCCUCUUCGGAUCGCAGAGCAUUGCGAAUCGAGUCAUCACGAAUCUGAGCGGCUUGCUUGGUGUUCGAAGAAAUGCACUGGGCGUCGUCGCUUCUCCGCGCGGACUUUUCAGCGGUCGGAUCCGGCUUGAAUUUGACGAGCCAAGCCCAAGUUUGUCUGGUGUCGCAGACGUCGAGAACAACACUGAGGAUCAUUACAAUCGGGAAGGUAGGGCUCACAACCUGCCCAUAAGAAUGACGCGAAGGUUCGAGGAUGGCCACGACGGAAUAGCAAGUAUCGUCCAUGACAGCAGCAUGAUCGAGAGCGUCCGAGCGUUGGGCGAGAUCAAGUGGAUUCUGGCCGUGGAAAAGGAAGCAGCCUUCAAGAGCCUCUGCGAAUCCAAGAUCACCGCCGGCUUGGGUUUAGGAAUCGGUCAGGGUGUCCUGCUGACGGGUCGAGGCUAUCCCGAUCAAGCCACAACAGAUUUCUUAGCCCUAUUGACAGAAUACUUGCCCCGAUGCCCCAUUUUCGCACUUGUCGACGCGGACCCGCAUGGUAUCGACAUCUUGCGCAACUAUAGAUCCGCUCUCAAGCACAAUGCCCUUUCACGUUCAAACGAUGUCACCGUCGAUAUCACAGAUGGAGACAGAGACGGAGACGAGAACGGUGGGAGCUUUGCCGGGAAACGUGGCAUGGAGCCAGACAACGAUACCUCCAAUUCACUUGAGGACCAGGCCAAAAUGGUUGACUUGUCUGUUCGAAAGGGCGUGGAGUCUAAAAUCAGAUGGCUGGGACUGCGUCGCAGAGAGAUCGCGGCUCUGUCAGAUGGAGAAGGUCGCAUGAUCGCAAUGACGCAGGUGGACAAGCUCAAGGCGAUUAGCCUGCUUCAACGCCAGGACAUGCCUGAUGACGAACGCUUGGAGCUGGCUAUGAUGCUUCAUGGAGGAACAAAGGCGGAGAUAGAGACACAAAAGCAAACAGGUGAUAGUGCGGCCGUAGUGGCUAUGGAAGCAGUAGCAGUAGUAGCGGGAUCGCAGGGAAGUCUACGUCAGCCCGAACCAGCUCUUUCGCCCAUCGCUUUGCCGUCGGGAUACUGUGGACAUCGACUGAACAACACCGCGCAAUACGUUAUCGAAAGGCUGCAGGCUCUGCUUCCGGGUUGCAGGGUAGGAAACUUGUGAUUAUCUGCCAAAGCCAGACGAAAAUGCGUUGUCCGUGAUUACAACAUCAA